AUGACGGCGCUGGCGAGCAACGGCGUCUCUUUCCUGGCUGCCACCGACCUGUCCGUGUGCGUCGCUGUGCUGCUGCUCGCCGCCGUGUUCGUGACCAAGCGCGCCGUGCGCAAGACCAGCUCCGUCGACGAGGACGAGAAGCCCCACAACGCCAUGAUCCUCUCCACUGAACAACUGGCCGACCACCGGCUGCUGGCGGCCCAACGUGAAGCAGAGCGAGGAUUCGCGACCUGCAUGGCCUGCGGCUUCAAGAACUUUGCGCGCGUGGUGCACUGCGCCCUGUGCGGACUGUCGAGCGCCGACCAGAAGCAAGUGUCCACGUCCGCUGUCCGGCCGAUCGUCGAAGGUCCGAGUGGAUCUACGCCGCUGCCUCGCGCCCACAAGCGGCGCGAGUGGACGCGCGAGCUGAACGCCCAGAGCCGCCUCGUGUGGCGCCGCCGACUCACGGAGGGCGGCGACCACUCGCCGGGCUACGUGCUGCGCUUCGACCUGCCGCCCGAAGCGGAGCCGGAAUCCGAGCGCGCGUCGUCCAAGCGCCGAGGACGGAGUCUCAGCACGGGCUACGACCCGUGCGCGGGCGUACAGUUCGAGCUGCUGGAGCCGCGCGACGUGGACCCCACGCAGUUCCCGCUGCCCCCGCCGCGUGCCGACGUGGCCGACACCCUAGAGGACCUGAAGCGGAUGGCGGUGGACGCUGCUGCUCAGGACUUCCCGACCAAGUACGCGCACUUCAUCGCUAGUGCGGCGGCGCUGCUUCAAGCAGGCGACAGAAGUCUGCACUCGAGCUUGUCGGUGCACCGUGACUACAUCUUGGAGCAGUCUGUGCAGCAUAUCAACUGCAUUCGCGAGACGAGCAUCCGCUCCGUGCGUCUCCAAGUGAAUUUUGAAGGAGAAGAAGACGCGCCCAAUGGCGUCGGCGGACUGCACCGAGAGUGGCUGACCCUCCUGAACGAGAAGCUCGUGGACCCAGAGGUCGGACUCUUCUCCUGCACGCAGCGCAGCGAUCAGACGUACUUCAUUAACCCGCAGUCGAAGCGCGUGCUCGGCGCCGAUCACUUGCAACAUUUCCACGCCGCUGGCCGGCUGAUCGGCCGCGCUCUGCUCGAGGGCGCUGUGCUCAACUUCCACUUGUGUGCGCCGCUGCUCAAGAUGAUGCUGGGGACGCCGAUUACUUUCGGUGAUCUGGAGUACUUGGAUGCAGAAAUGUACCGCAGCUUGACGUGGCUGCUGGACAACGACGACGCCGAGUCGCUCGAGCUGGAUUUCACGGUCACGCAGCGCCACGGCGACCACACGCAGACGGUGGAGCUCAUCCCCGCUGGUCGAAACAUCCAAGUGAACGACGACAACAAGUUCGAGCUCGCGGACCGCAAGUUCCGCUUCAUGAUGUUCGAGAGCGUGGCGCCGCAGCUCGCGUCCUUCCUCAAGGGGUUCUACGAGGUGGUGCCUCAGCGCAUGCUGCUGCCUUUCGACUACGAGGAGCUAGACUACUUGCUGUGUGGCUCGGACGCGAUCGACGUGGCGGACUGGAAGCAUCACACCCACAUGCACGAUACACUGGAGUCUCGGCAAGAAGUGGCGUGGUUCUGGGACGUCGUGCAGGAGAUGUCGGGCGUGUACCAGAAGCGACUGCUGCAGUUCGCGACGGGCUGUUCGCGCGUGCCGCUUGUGGGCUUCCAAGGCCUCACGAGCUACGACGGUCAGCUGUGCAAGUUCACGCUAACUGGCGCGGGAGAUGUGACCUACUUCCGCAGCCACGCGUGCCACAACAUGCUCGAGUUGCCGAGUUUCUCGACCAAAGAUGAUCUGCGUGCGGCGCUGUAUGCCGCUCUGUACAACGAGUCCACCGUUUGCGAC